CUUGACUACGGGUGCGAUAGCCAGUCAACUUUCAGGUGUCCCAUCAAUAACAGCAGCCAUGGGUAUCGACUUGGACCGCCACCAUGUGCGCGGCACCCAUCGCAAGGCGCCCAAGAGCGAGAACGUCUACCUGCAAGUCUUGGUGAAGCUCUACCGAUUCCUCGCCCGUCGUACGGAAUCCAACUUCAACAAGGUCGUCUUGCGCCGCCUUUUCAUGUCCAGGAUCAAUCGCCCCCCCGUUUCGCUCUCGCGCAUUGUAUCCAAUGUGACCGACUCCCACAAGGGCAAGACUAUCGUUGUGAUCGGCACCAUCACUGACGACAACCGUCUUCUGACUGUCCCGAAGCUGUCUAUUGCAGCACUUCGUUUCACGGCUACUGCUCGGGCCAGGAUUGAGAAGGCUGGUGGUGAGGUCUUGACUUUGGACCAGCUCGCUCUGCGUGCCCCUACUGGAGCAAACACUCUCCUUCUCCGCGGACCUAAGAAUGCUCGGGAGGCAGUGAAGCACUUCGGUUUCGGCCCCCACAGCCACAAGAAACCCUACGUUCGCAGCAAGGGACGUAAGUUCGAGAGAGCCCGUGGACGCAGAAGGUCUCGCGGUUUCAAGGUGUAAGGAACGCUGGUUAAAUAUUUUCCGUUUCUUGUGUUUGGUAGCGGUUCAUCGUGCUGGUGAAGACGACUUGCGGAAUCAUGCAUACCCGGGAGUCUUCCUUAUCGGCCGUUGCUCCAACUUUUUUAGAACGCCCGAUGCCAGACCAAAUAUUAUGAGGGUUCCAGGCGAGCUUAACUGGAUGAAAAUGAAAAUGGAGU